AUGCCUCCUCCUCUUUCCAGACCCGGUCUCAACGGCGACAUCGGCCACAGACCUCCUCCGAUUGCUGCUCAGACGGUGAGGCACCAGCAGCCGUAUUACCGGAGCUACUCUUCGUCGUCUUCGGCGUCGCUGAAAGGAUGCUGCUGCUGCUUGUUCAUGUUAUUCGCGUUUCUGGCGCUGCUGGUACUGGCGGUGGUGCUCAUCGUGAUACUGGCGGUGAAGCCGAAGAAGCCGCAGUUCGAUCUGCAGCAAGUGGCAGUGGUGAACAUGGGAAUCUCGUCGCCGAAUCUCAACCCCAGCGGUCUGGAUCCAACCACCGCCUCACUCUCCUUCACCAUCCGCAUGCUCUUCACCGCCACCAACCCCAACAAGGUCGGGAUCAGGUACAGAGAGUCGAGCUUCACAGUGAUGUACGGAGGCAUACCACUGGGGAAGGCGACGGUGGCCGGCUUCUACCAGGACGCGCACAGCACGAGGAACGUGGAGGCAACCAUCUCCGUCGAUAGAGUCAAUCUUAUGCAAGGCUACGCCGCCAAUCUGGUCAGAGAUGCUUCCUUGAACGACCGAGUGGAGCUCACCGUCCAAGGAGACGUCGGCGCUAAGAUCCGAGUCAUGAAUUUCGAUUCGCCCGGAGUUCAGGUAUCGGUGAAUUGCGGGAUAGGCAUUAGUCCGAGGAAGCAAGCUCUGAUUUACAAGCAAUGUGGCUUUGAUGGCCUCAGCGUCUAA